CUCCAUGCUUCAACAGCCAGACAUACAACCACAUACCACAUGGAGGAGUUGGUAUUGAUGUGUGUUGAGUAAAAUUUAAAUUUCAUAAUAUAUAAAAUAUUUUGCGCGUAGCAUUUUGCUAAAAAUAGCUUGAUUUUAUCAAAUUUAUUUUAUUGCCAUAUGAUUUUAUCUUCUUCAGUGAAUUAAUCACAGCAAAUGAAAUUUGCAUUCUGCAAUAUUUUCCAUACUAUAUAUAUAUAUAUACAAAACUUGGAACAUAUGAAUAUUCUCGCUGUGAGGAAUGUUUUAUCUUCUCUCCAAGCCUUCUUCACAUAACGUUUCAUCGUAGCUGGUAUUAUGAAUGAUAUUUGUAUAUCUUGCUAUGACUGAUAAUAUUAAAGUAGUUUCAAGGCCGAAGGUUAGAUUUUGUCAAUUUUCUGACAAUGCACGAAACAAAGUGGAGAUUGUUGAACAUUGUAAAAAACAAUCUGCUCUGCAAGGGAAUCGUCCAAGAAUCAAGGAAAUCAUAUCUCUUAAGAAACCCAUCAGAGUUGUAGAUGCUACAAAAUCUGCAAGUGUUUGUGACAAGGAUGUAUCUUUGAUUAAUUGUAACACUGAUACCUCGCAUUAUCGUACUACAUCUGACAAUACUCGAAAUAUAUCUUUGUACGAUAAAAAUAUGUCAAAAGUCGAGAAUGAAAUGAUUCUGCGUGAUGCAACUGGCGUUCAGAAUACAAGGAGUAGUUGUAACAUGUCGCAACCUGACAAGAGUUCACAAGAUGAUGUUCCAAAAGGUUGCACAAAGAGUUUGCGACAGAAGGGGAAAGAAAAUGCAAGUUUACUGUUGAAAAGAGCUAUAUCUAAUAAAAAUAUAAGCGGGACAAGAACAUGUAACUCUCAACAUGUACAAUCAGUUACCCGAGAGAAAUUUUCUACAGGUAACAAUGCAAAUAGUAUGCAAAAAGUAAUUGUUCGAGACUUUAAAAAACAAAAAAUGACAAAGUCGCAAUCUGCACCAAGCAUUACGAAAAAAACAAGGAAUUCAAUGAUUGAAAGGAGAAUUUUUAGUGCAAGACCUGCAUCAUCUUACCUUUACUCACCUGCAUAUAAGACUGUGGCAAAAAAUAAAAUAUCUCCAAUUAAAAAGAUGGUAUUACAUAACAUAUCGGAAUCUAAAAUCAAAACAUCUAUGGGACAAAGAGUUUUUUGCAAGGUUAAUGCAAAAACGAAUGAUGUAAAUGAAAGACGUAUCGUUACAUCGGAAGUAGAACACUUGAUUCAACCAGAGUACAAUUCUGUUAUGUGUACUAUUAAUAAGCUGAAAGAACUUGAACAGCAGAAGGUUGUCACAGAUAUCAACCUUGUGCCAUAUAAACUAAAGACUUUUCUAAAUGGAAAGAUUUCUGCGGCACUUGAUUUUCCAUUGGAUGAGGCAAUUUACAAAAACUUGAUAGAUUUGAGUAUUGAUGAGAAACAAUUGCCACCAACCAUUACACGAAGUAAGGAUCCAGAACCACGGCAAAAAGAUAUAGUACCGAAACUUUCCGACUUUUUCGUACCUAAAGAUACAAAGGAAAUUUGUGAAGCUGUGCACGUUAAAUCUCGGGCAUCAAAAAUUAAUGAUAAUUGGAACGCUUUUAAAAUUAGCGAUAGAAUCCUUGAAUGGAAAUAUAAUAUAGAUGAUAUAGAUUAACACAUCUUCCUAUAUAGUUUUGUUUGAUAAAAAUAAUAAAUUUUAAAUUGCUGUAACAUGGACAAUAAAAAAUUUGGAAGAAUAAAGUCAACUGAAUAUAAUUAAGACAUACACAGAAUACAGGGAUAAAUUACUUGAGAUAUAUAUAUAUAUUUUUUUUAAACAAAAUUAAAUAUAAUUUUACCUAAUUUACUGAUUACAUUUACAAAUGGAAUAUUAUUAUUAUAGUAUAUUGAUGAAUUACACUUCUUUUACUCAUGAAA